CGUAUUUGCAUCGACGUAACCGUACGAUAACGAUACGAAUGUAAUUACGAAACUCUCGCGUAUGCACGGUAGAACCGUUCGUUCUUUCGGCGAGUGGUAAGGACACGUUGCUCCGACGUAUACGCGAGAACGCCCGCAGAAGACCGCCUCCGACACGACCAUGAUCCUCCUCGAGCUGUGCUUAUUCCUCUCGCUAUCCGCAGUAUGCUCGGCGAACGGUUCGCAGAUGUCCGCGGCGGACCGGAUCGUCGGUGGAUCGGCGAUCGACAUCUCGAAGGUCCCGUUCAUGUUAUCGUUCAUGGUAAACAGCGAGCACGCGUGCGGCGCUAGCAUUCUCUCGAAGGACUGGGCAUUGACAGCGGCACAUUGCGUCGUUUCAUUCCUCCCUCCCUCCCCCGCGAACGUCACCGUCCGCAGCGGCUCGAACAACCACGAUUACGGCGGCACCGUGCACAACGUCACGCAUAUGAUCGUCCACGAGAAGUACAACUCCGACAACGAGGACUACGACGUCGCGGUGGUACGCGUGCACCCGCCGUUCAACUUCAGCAGGGUCGCGCAACCGGUGAAGCUGCCGCGCCGAUCCAGCUUCGUCAACGAGUCCUGGGGUCUGAUAGCCGGAUGGGGUUACUUCAUUGAUAUGGACCCGGUGCUGUCGGAGGACCUGGAGUACGUCGUCCUGCCCAGGGUCAGCAGGGAAACAUGCAGGCAGAACUACGCGGGUCGCUACGAGGUCACCGAUCGGCAGAUCUGCUAUGGGUUCCAGAACGGAGGGAAAGACUCGUGCAAGGGUGACUCGGGUGGAGCACUGACGGUGGACUCUACGGCGAUCGGCAUCACUUCCUGGGGCGACGAGUGCGCCGCGGAAAGGUCGCCGGGUGUUUACACCGACGUCAUAUCUGUUGUGGACUGGAUCAGGAAUAAGGCUAUGCUCGACGAAUAAUGAUGAACUGUCUCUCGACUCGGUUGCGUACAAUAUGACUGUAUUUCCCUUUUGAAAAUAAAACCCUCGUGCAAUCGUCUCGAGGCCUUUCCGAGC